AUGAGCCAAUCACAAGAAAUGGUUGUUAUACUCACGGGUGCAUCGAGAGGAAUCGGUCAGGCAAUCGCCCACCAUCUGCUCUCCCGCAACCACAAGCUGGUGCUCGUAUCACGAACCCAGUCAGCUCUCGAAGCCCUGCAGUCUGAGUAUGGUUCUGAAAAAGUUGCUGUGCUCGCUGGGGACAUGUCCGACGCUUCGUUACCUGAGAAAGCUGUAGCUUUAGCAAACGAAAAAUGGGGACGUCUCGACUCGUUGAUCAUCAACCAUGGGUCUUUGGAUCCUGUGAAGAAGGUGGCCGAUACUAGUGCUGAGGAAUGGAGGAAGGGAUUCGAUGUCAAUGUUUUCAGUGCUGUUGGUUUGAUUCAAGCUGCUCUCCCUUCUCUGCGCAAGACCCAGGGCCGUAUCCUCCUAACCUCCAGCGGCGCCGCAACCUCCGCUUACCAAGGCUGGGGCUGCUAUGGCGCCGGAAAAGCGGUACUAAACCACCUAGCCCUUACCCUCUCAGUCGAAGAACCUUCUGUUACAACAAUCUCUAUCAGACCAGGCGUCGUAGACACGGAGAUGCAACGUGAGAUCCGAGAAGUGCAUCACGAGCGAAUGAGCGGAAAGGAUAGAGAGAAGUUCAGUGGACUGAAGAGCGACGGAGGGCUUUUGAAGCCAGAACAACCGGGUUAUGUCAUUGCGAGACUGGCUGUUGGAGAUGACGAGGUCAAGAGCUUCAACGGCAAAUUCCUAAGCUGGAACGACGAAAGCUUGGACAAAUUUCAAGAGGAUUGA